GCAAGGCUCAUAUUCUGUAUAAAAAGCUAGCUUGCCAGAGACUCUUCACAAGACCUGAAGGCCAGACAGCUUGGACUUUUCUCUGCACCAGGUCCAGCCUCCUUUGAAGCAUGAGUUCCUACCAGCAGAAGCAACACAACAUCCCACCUCCCCAGCUUCAGCAGCAGCAGGUGAAACAACCCCAACAGCCACCACAUCAAGAACCAUUUGUUCCCACUCCCAAAGAGCCAUGCCACACCAAGGAUCCACAGCCUGGCCACACCAAGGAUCAACAACCUGGCCACAACAAGGUUCCUCAGCAGCCUGGCCACAUCAAGGAUCCUCAAUAUGACCACACCAAGGUUCCCGAGCCCGUUCACCCUCAGGUCCCUCAGCCUGGCCACCCCAAGCAUCCACAGCCUGACCAAACCAAGGUUCCUCAACCUGGCCACACCAAGGAUCAACAACCUGGUCACAACAAGGAUCAACAACAUGGCCAAACCAAGGAUCCACAACCUGGCCACAGGAAGCUUCCAGAGCCAGUUCACCCUCAGGUCCCUCAGCCUGACCAGCCUAAGAUCCCUGAGCCAUAUUCUCCAAUAGUUAUUCCAGGCCCAUCCCAGCAGAAGACCAAGCAUAAUUAAUAUGGUAACAGCCAUGCCCUUGAAGAGCCACCAAAUGCUGAACACCUUCUUCCCUUCUGCUUCUGUGUUGUAAUUAUCUUGUCAUCAGUAUGUUCUCACCAUCUAUCAGAAUCUCUCUCUUAACUGCAUUUUAAAAUAUAUUUUCUAUGAGGCUUUUGCUGAACACUCUGAAGGGUCCUCUGAGCCUUUGAAUUAUGCUGAAGGCCUAAGUGGCUUUGCUGGUCCUAAGUUGCUCAGGUCUCAUCUGAAGAGUUGAUCUGAUUGAGAAGAAUGCCUGUUUCUGCUCUGCCACCAUUAAAUGAAUUUAACACCA